GUUGAACAGCAUUGGGUGACAGGUUCUUUCACAAGUAAAUUAUACAGAAGAUCGAAAUGGCAGUCAUAUAAUGUGUUCAGAUAGUAUGAUAUAAAAGUUGUGAUUAGUCAACUGAAUUAUCACAACAACAAGAAAAGAACAAUUUUAGUACGCUAAUCAUAGCAAUGGGGACAACAGCAGACUCGUUUUUCUAGCACCUGUUGCUAGGGAGAUAUGAGAAACACGACAGUGCUUUGUUUACUGGAUUUUUAGUAAGGAAAUGCCAACGCGUAGCAGUUCGGCUUCUCUGCCAGUGGCCUCCUCAUAAUAAUAUCUCUCAAAUCAAACUGUUCAUUAAAUUAUAUAGUUGAAUGUUUUUUCGGCCCAGGCGCAGUAACAUCAAAGGAUGUGCCCAACAGGUGGCGCUGUAAUUAGGAGCUCGGUGGCGGAGGGCCGUCUGGAGGCGCUGCAGAUCUACAAACUCCUGCAGUUCGUGCGAGAGGGCAGCCACUCGCAGGUCGAGAAGAUGGUACAGCUGGGUGUGCCCAACCUGAUCAACCUCACGGAACCUGCUGAGGGAACGGGCGCUUUGCAUCUGGCUUCAGUGGCCAACGACCUGAACAUAGCUCAGUUCCUUCUGUCUCUUGGGGCAUACCCCAACGUACAGGACAAAAGAGGCCGCACCCCUGUCAUCCUGGCAACAGAGCUGGGUUAUGACAGUAUGGUUGACCUUUUAGCCAAAAACCAUGCUAACAUGAAUGUGGUAGACAAUGAGGGAAAAGGAGCCCUUUUCUAUUGCAUAUCCCCUUCAAAAAGGCACAUGCGCUGCCUGCAGGUGGUGCUCAAUAGCAAGGCAAACGUUAACAACGUCUCUAAUGCUGGGAAACCAGUGUUCCUGAUGGCAUGUGAGCGUGCCACAGAUUGUGAAAACAUUUGCAUGAGUAUUUUGGAGAGAGGAGCUGACCCCAAUGCCAUGGAUCAGGCUACCGGCCGGACGGCUCUGAUGGAGGCGGCGAGAGCAGGCGCUACGGCACUGGUGAGGGCCAUCCUGCAGAGAGGUGGGAACCCAAAUGCCCUAGACAAAAAGAGACAACACGCUGCCCACGAAGCGGCCAAAGGAGGCUUCUUUGAGGUGAUACAGGUGCUGUCUGGCUAUUCGGCUGACCUUGGGGUCAUAGCCAAGGGUGGUAAUACUCCUCUGCAUUUGGCUGCAGCUGGUGGCUACACGGACUGCUGUAGAUUCCUGGCACAAAGAGGCUGCAACCCCAAAUUGAAAAACCUUGACGGUCUGGUUCCGCGUCAGUUAGCCAAGGACAAUGGCCACAGAGCAGCACUGAAGGAGCUGAAGAAGGCGGAGCACCUUCACACAAAGUUCUCCAAACCCGGGAGCCUCAACCCCAAUGAACUGUGGGCCCUUGUUCUGCAUGACUGGGCCUGCGAGCAUGAGAGUGUCCUGCGCAAGGCCUUUGAGGAAGCAGGUGAUCAUCUAGACAUCAUCUCCACAGAGACAUUCAGGUCUGUGCUGCAAGAGCAUCAUGCACCCAUAGACCAGGAGAAUCUGCAAAAAAUUAUCAUGGCCCAUGACAAAAAACAGGAGGGGAUUAUUAAUAUCAGUGACUUCUUCAAGGGUCUGAAGUACUUACAGAAAGCAUUUGUCCAGUCCUCCUAUGCCCCUAAAAAGAAGAAAGCUGGAAAAGGUGGAAAAGGAAAGAAGAAGGGUAAGACUGCCCCACCCCUGCCCAUUUGCACUAUGCCUCCCGAGCUGAUGGCUCGUCGUGAGGAUGGUGGGCCUCCGCGCUUCAUGAUCGAAAGGUACCAGCAGUACACGGACACCAGGCGUUUCAACCGGGACCGGCCCCCGAUCCACCCUGUGGAAGACGACUCAGCCUGGUACAUGGAGGAGCCAGAGAAGAUCUACACGAACAUCAACUACUGCGUGAAGAUGGGAGACUUCGAGUCCCUGUGCCUAGCCUUCAGCCAGAACGUGCCCAUGGAUGUCAAGGACCGAUUCUACAAGACGCCCCUGAUGGCAGCCUGCAGCAGCGGUAGCUACCAGAUGGCCCAGUUUCUUAUUACGCUGGGGGCUGACGUGAACGCAUGUGAUCAGUUUAACUGGACCCCUCUUCAUCACGCUUGCCAUGCAGGCCAGAUGGAUAUCAUCGAGCUUCUGGUGCAGAGCGGCGCUAUGGUGGAUGCCGUCGCUCUGAACGGGGCCACCCCGCUCAUGAGGGCCAUUGAGAGCUGCAGACUCAGCUGUGUGGACUACCUCAUCGGAGCUGGCGCCAAAGUCCAGGCUCAGAACAAGAAGGACCAAAACUGCUUAGACAUCGCAAGGGUGUAUGGUGAUGAAAGAAUCAUUGACUUGGUGAGAACCAAGUUGGACUGCCUUCCGAAGCUUACCAAGGACACUAAGAAAGGAAAGGAGGAGAAACCAUCUUCCAAAUCCAAAGCAGCCUUUCCUGUCACAUGGAAGGUGAGUACUGUUCUGCCAGCAACUGCCGAGAAGAGAGUGAACCUGAAAGAGAACAUCAUCACCAUGAACCCGCACGUCACCAUUGCACGAGUCGCUGACAAGCUCAACAUUAGCUUUGCACCAAAAACUGUGUGGGGGAGGCAGCUGGCUUCCUCUGCUCAGCACAUGGAGAGGAGGAUGGAGAGGAGGAAAAACCUUUCCUAUGAGGUGGACUUCAAGGACUUCCUGAUGCCUUUUAAUAAAAACAUUGUGCGGAAGGCUUGGCAAACAGGAGGAGAUGAUGCCUGACGAGAAAUCAGCAAAAGGACAAAACAGAGCUGCUCUGAUUCAUCAGCACUCAGUUCUGUUUCACGUCUACGACAUAUUAUAUGCAGUCCUAAGGCAAGCCCUGGGAGGAGGGAUCAAAGCUCCUCUAUCCAGCUGAGCCCAGUGUGUGGAGGUCACCAGAGGAUGAGGAGACAUUAAUCUACACUGUGUCACUGGCAGGCAUCUCAUCUUUUGUGUCCUACACAGAAAUGCAGGUCAACACAAUACCUCAUUCAUACUAGCGCAUUUCCAAAAGUCCUU